AUGACAUCAAAUGAAAAUGACACUUGUCAUAUAAAAUACAUAGGUGUACUAAAUAAUGAAGAAUUGAAUGUAGAUGAUUAUACAUAUAAAAAAGGCAUUAAAAAUAACUAUUUGCAUAAAAAUAUUGGUAUAUUGAACACAUGCGAAAAAAAAAAUGUUUCACUUUUUCAAAGAAUAAAUAAUAAAAAUAUGGAAAGGCAAUAUAAGUAUAUGCUGUAUGCAUUGAAAACACUUAAUAUUCAAGAUAUUAAGAAUGAUGACCGUGGAAAAUUAAAAAAUAUAAUAAAAAACUUGCAUUAUAAGCAGUUAAUAAAUGCUAAUAAAAAUAUAAAAGAUGAUAAAUAUGUUAUGAUACAUAAUAAUGAUAGUUUAUAUUAUGAUUAUUUAUCGAUUUUUUUUUUGAAUAACAUAAAAAGCGAAAGAAAAAAAAAAAAAUUAGAUGCAAACUUAUGGAGUAGGCAUGCAAAUAAUUACGAUAAAAUCAUUAUGUAUGUAAUGAAACAUUUAAUGAAAAGGAAACAGAAAAAAAAAAAAAGAAAAAAAAAAGAAACAAAUAAUCAAGAAUUCGAAAAAAAUAAUUUAAUGAAAAAAAUAAAAUUUAUAUUUUUUGAAAAAUUGAUAAAAAAUUCAAAUCAAAAUGAGCUAGUAAAAUAUGUGUUCAUCAUGGAAUAUAUAAAAUAUAUGAGUGACGAUAUAAUGGAUCAAAUUAUAAAUCAAAUAUCUCAUAGCUUGAACGAUAAGACCAAUCGAAUGAGUAAUAAUUUGAUAUAUUCUGAAAAAGGAGAUAACGUAUAUCGUAACAAACGCAUAAAUAUGAUGCUGAUACCUGAUAUGGAACAUUUUUGGAAAUAUUUUAAUCCAAAUGAUGGCAAUAAUACUAUAAUGGAUAUAAAGAAAGCCAUAAAGGGCAACCUUGAAAAAAUAAAAAGAAUGUUAAUUCAAUAUGUGUGCAAUUAUAGUAAGAUUCAAACAUCUUGCUAUUAUAAUGACGAACAUAAUCAUUAUAACCGCCGUAGUAAAUUCGUAAAAAGUAAACCUUUUAGUAAUAGCUGCUACAAUAAAAACAAUUUUGGUAAUAAACUAAACGUCCGAGAUAUAUUGAGCGUAAAACGAAAUGAUAAUUUAAAGCCCAAAUUUAAGAUGCUAAAAAAAGGGACAAAAAAAAAUUUGAAUAAAAAUAUAUCCCAUCGAAUAAGUGCAGAAUAUUAUAAUAGAGAAGAAGAAAAAAAAAAUAUAAAAUAUGAAAAUAAAAUAUUCCCUAACGAUGGUAGUCGUAUUGCUAAUUAUUUAAAAAAUGAAAAUGGUUCAAACAUGAAAAUUUAUUUAUAUCCUUAUAUAUAUAAAGAUAUGAUGAAUUUUUUAAAUGCAUAUCUCAUGUUUUCUUUUGAGAUGCUAAUAAAUUAUUAUGUUUAUAAAAAUAUAGAACAUCGUUUUGGAGAUCGUUACCAAAAAAAUAUUUUAAAAAGAGAAUGUGCUAAUAAAAAUGUUAGUUCUAAUUAUUCUACUAACCACCACAAUAUAAAUACUACCAAUGAAGAUAAUAAUUUAAAUUGUAAUAAAUUUAUAUUGGUAAAUAAAAAUUCAUUUGCUUGUAAAUUAUUAAAUCAUUAUAUUUUUUUGGAAAAAGAAGUAAAUGGUCUUUCUUCUAAUGCGAUGGAUAUAUCAUCAAUUGCUCCAAAAAAUAUUGACAAAGUAAAUGGUUCUGGCAAAAUAUGUUAUAUUUAUCAAUUAUUAAAUAAUUUAUCAUGGAGCAAUACGUUUUAUAGUAAUCGUCUUAACAAUAUAUCAAACAAAUAUGAAAUCGAUCUCAUUCAUAAUAAGUUUUAUUAUGAUUAUUGUGAUAAUUUUAUCGGAAAUAAUAUAUUUCCUAAAAAAAAUAGUUAUGUAUUUGCGUAUUAUAAACAUUGUUCUACUGGUGGAAGCAAUCAUUGCAGCAGUGAUGGGGCAGAUGCAAAUAAAAAUAGUAGUGGCGGAAAUUCAAAUGAACAUCAAAAAUAUACAUAUAAUAAUAAUUGCAAUGAUGGAGGAUGUAACAACAGUAGUAGUAGUAUUGGUGGUAAUAAUGGAAAUGAAGGGGAUAAAGACAACAAUAAUAAUGAAGAUAAAAAUGAUGGGGAAAAAAAUGAAAAUGAGGAAGACGAUGAAAAAGAAGAAGAAGACAAUGAAAAAAAUGAAGAAAAUAAUAAAGAGGGACAAAAAGAUGGUAAUAAUAGUCCCCAUAAUAAAUGUAUAGAUGAACAUGAAAAUUAUUACAAGUUAAUAAAAGAAAUAGAAAAUUUGGAGAAAAACGAAAGUGUUAAUGAAACAAAAAAUGAGACUAAAAAUUACGAAGUUUUAAAUAAUUAUUGUGAAUAUAAUAACAAAAUAAAAUCAUUAGAUCCAGACAAAUCAAUAAUAGGAACUGAACAAAAUUACAUUGAAAAGGAAGACGAUAUAAAUAAUAAUCAAUUAUUGCAUAAUACCUCUCCUAAUAUGGGGCAUCCGUUAAAAUUACCUCUCCUACCCGAAAUGAGUCACCCAAAUUCAUUUUCAAUAUCUUCCCCUCGUUCGCCUGUACAAUGUGGGCAAGAAUGUAAUAUAGGUGAGGGUAGUAGUUAUGAUAUGAAUAAUUGCUCCGUAAUAAAUUUCAACACAACCAAUGGUUCAAUGCAGCAAGAAAUCAAACCCUGUUCAGGAAAAGGGAGCCCUAUCCAAGUAAAUGAUCCCGAUUUUGAAGAAGCAUGCGAUAUUAGACUUAUGAAUAAUGCAGAGAAUUUGAAAUUUUCUCAAUCUCCUCCGACAAGUUCAUUACAUGCAUCUACAUUACACUUAACCGACGUGAAUGAAUUAGUUUUAUCACCUACUCAACAGUUAUUAUAUUCUAAUAGCCCAAUAAAAUCACCCAAUAAUUUUCCAAGUGCAGGGUCACCUGUUUUCGAUGCUAAUUAUAGUGAAGAACAUAUGGAAAAGGUUGCAUCUAACUACUUGGCUUCUUCUCCUUAUAGACAUGAUAUAUUUUCUGAAUAUGGAGUAUUGGGUUCUUUUUUUGAAUCAUUAGAAGAACUAGAAAGUAAAAGCGAUAAUAGUGAAACGGGCAGUGGUAAUGAAACAUUCAAUUAUAACUUUUCUUUAAAUGGGAAUACAGAAGACGAUAAUAAUAAUAACAAAUCAAAAAAGGGGAAUAUUCAAAGAGAUGAAGUUAUUUAUAAUUUUAAAAAAAAUAAUAAAACAAAAGUUUUUCAUGCAUGGUGUAAUAAAGGGGAGCACGAAUUAAAUUAUGAUAAUAAAAAAUUUAAUUCAGUUAUAGACUGGAUAAAUUAUAUUGAAGAUUUAAUGUCAAAUAUGGAAAUAGAUACUGAGUUUGACGAAAAAAAUAAUAUGGAAAUUGGUAGUGAUAAUAUUGGUUUUAUUGGUAAUACGGGAAAUGGUGAGGGCAAUAUAAACUCUAUAAACAAUUCUAUGAAUCAAAAUGAUAUGAUUGGAAAUUAUUAUAACCCUGAAAAAUUAGGCCAAAUAAAUAUGAACAAUACAUAUGAGAAUAGAGAUAUUUCGUCUGGCUUUGUGAUGAAUAAUAAUAGCAAUAUUAAUGAAACAAAUUCUCUUAUACAUAACAAUGCAGAUGAAUAUUACAAUAACGAAAGGGGGGAUAUUGGCAAUAUAGAAGAACAUAGUAAAGGAAUGGAUGGAUUAAGUAUGCAUGUAAAUAUUAUUGAAGGUAAUAAUUUUGAUGUGAAUACAUUUGAUGUGGGAAAUUAUGACCAAAAUAAUUUUAAUAAUUAUUCUCAGAAUAUAGUAAAUGAUCAAGUUGAUAAAGGAAAUAUAUAUUAUGGUGCUAAUAAUGAAGGUUCUAAUUUUAGAAAUCCACUAAUUCAAUAUGGAUGUGAUAAUAAUAGCAAUAUUGGUAAUAAUAACUAUGGAAAUAAUUUUGAAGGAGAAACAAAUUUACUCCCUUUUUAUAACAAUGCAGAAGAUAAUGUAAUUUAUAAUACUAAUGAACAAAUACAACAAGAAGGGAAUAAUGAUUUUUUUUCAAAUUUUGAAUUAAAUGAUAAUAAAAUAGCUAAUGGAAUGCUUAAUGGCGAUAUACAUGAUACUAGCGGUUUUAUAUGGGAUGAUAAUAGAGAUAAUGAAUUAAAUAAUAAUGAUGAUCCGAAAAAUUCCAAUAUAAAUUCUGUUGGAAAUCCACUAGGAAUGGUUAACACUGAACAUUUCGAUUCUUUUGUUGAUUCGAAUCUCGAUCGAGGAUAG